GCGCAAUAUAUAAUCUCAAGGUCAUAUACACGAGAAUUCGGUGUGACAAAUUAAUGUGUCUUGGUUGUUUUUAUAACAGGGUCAGUUAAAAUUCUGUGUAGUAUAUAUCAACUAUCGAAACAUCCUGGCAAGUCGCAUUAUGACGAUAGAAGAUCCGGACCUGGAAGCUGGAAAGAAUAUCGAUGUAGAUGAACUACUGGCAUCAUUUAAAAUAGACCUGCCUAUUGAGCUUUCUGAUCCUGAAAAAGCUCUACGGAAAGAAAUGAUGUCUCUCAGACUAAUGAGAAGAACUCUGAAUGAUAUUGACAAUGAAGUUAAAAAAUGCGAAAGGAAAGAAGAAAAAUCGAAAGCAUUGAAACCGAGAGAGAAAGCUAAAGAGGAGGCAAUGAAAUUAUUGAAAUCAGGAGCAAUAUCGAUUGAAAACAAAAAUGAACGUCAUACAUUUAAGCGUAAACCUAAAGAAAGUGAAGAGGACGAGGUACCUGGAAUUAGUGUUAGUGCAAUAAAAGCGAAACAAUCGCUCUACCGCAAUUUCCUUCCUGGUCCAACGCUUAAUCCAGUGCAGUUGGAGGAAAAUAAACAAUCUGACUUAGCUGAAUCUAAAAUGGAAAUUUCAGAAACAGAUUAUACACCAACUUCUGAGCCUUCAAUAACUAAAAGAAAACAACAGUUUUGCCCCGUACCAGAUGAUAAAACUUCAGAUACCGACCAGGUGUCGGAUAUUUCAGGUUCAUCUUCAGGAGAUCAUUUACGUUCUCCAAAUAGACCAAUGCAUUCUACCUUAUAUGUGGCAUAUCAUAAUAUCACUGAACCUUUUAUUCAUGAUGUCUUCAAGCCGUAUGGUACCGUCGUUAGGGUUAAGAUAGGCGAUCCUCCCAAUCAUGCAUACGUUACAAUGGCUACAAAUCAAAUGGCAGAAAGUGCAUUAAAGUUGGAUCAUCAAAUGGUAAGCAAUCGUCUUCUACGUGUUUCAUAUGCUCGGAGACCAUUUCAUCAUUCAAAGCCAUUUUCACCUACAAAGUAUCAUAUAGGUCGAUCAUUUCGAAAAGCUUCUUUCAGUGAUUCCUUUUCUCCGGCAGAAGGAUCUUCAAACUCUACGCCUGGUAGUAGUGAAUCCAGUCGAGAUCUAGUCACCUAUGAAGACUUGUAUUCUAAUAAAUAAUAAUAAUAUGUUGUGUAUAUACUAAC